UUAAGUAGGUCCUGAAUGCAGUAAUCUGCCUGUAGACAUAUAAUGGCAGUCUUGUGCCACAAGAUGGCGAUGCAAUAUUUAAAAUAAACAAAUAAAUAAAUACUUUAAAAAAAUAGAAUUUUAAAAAAAUCUUUUUAAUUUUUACCUUUACAAACCUCAGGCUCUCCUUAAAUGUACUUAAUUUGGGGCCAAACUGGUAUACGAGUCAAAUGAAACAGCCUUGUCUUGUUUUGGAUUUAAUCGCGUCUGUCUGCGUCAUAUGUCUGCGCCACGGAAGUUGUUGUUCUUGCGUCAUAUUUUUGCGUCGGCGCUCUGAUACGUAAGGGUGUCUGCCUUGAAAAGCAGCCAUGGCUCGAAACGCAGAAAAGGCCAUGACGGCCUUGGCCAGGUUUCGUCAAGCCCAACUAGAAGAAGGAAAAGUGAAGGAGAGACGGCCUUAUCUUGCCUCAGAAUGCAACGAGUUGCCUAAAGCAGAGAAGUGGAGACGGCAGAUCAUCAGUGAAAUUUCAAAGAAGGUGGCACAGAUUCAGAACGCUGGUUUAGGGGAAUUCAAGAUUCGUGACUUGAAUGAUGAAAUCAACAAGCUUCUCCGUGAGAAGGGCCACUGGGAGGUUCGAAUCAAAGAACUGGGAGGCCCUGACUAUGCGAGAAUCGGACCAAAGAUGCUGGAUCAUGAGGGCAAAGAAGUACCAGGAAACAGAGGUUACAAAUAUUUUGGAGCUGCAAAAGACCUGCCUGGAGUCAGAGAGCUCUUUGAAAAAGAACCUGUACCACCACCCAGAAAAACGAGGGGUGAGCUGAUGAAGGAGAUCGAUGCUGAGUAUUAUGGCUACCGAGAUGAGGACGACGGUGUGUUAGUGCCCUUGGAACAAGAAUAUGAAAAACAAGCAAUAGCAGAAGCCAUUGAGAAGUGGAAGGCAGAAAAAGAGGCUCGUUUAGCUGGGGGCGGAGGGGCAAAAGAGGUGGAAGAAGAGGAAGAAUACAUAUAUGCUGUCAAAGAUGAUGAGUCUGAUGAUGAGAUGAGGGAACAGAUGGAGGGAGAGGAUGGAGCACAAACCUUUAUUGCUCAUGUACCUGUGCCAUCACAGAAAGAGAUCGAAGAAGCCUUGGUCAGAAGAAAAAAGAUGGAGCUGCUCCAGAAGUACGCCAGCGAGAGCUUAAUGGCACAAAGUGAAGAAGCUAAAGCGCUGCUCGGCUUGUAACGAUACCCGUCUCCAAGUACAGGCUCAGGAUUUCCAACAUCAAAGUUCAUGCAUUUAAUUGUUUGUUUUGAGGGUAUUCAGGUGAUGCAGAGUAAAUGUGUAUAAUGCCAUUCAAAAAUUGAAACUGGAACUCUUGAACCCAUAUUGAUGUGCAUGUGACUGUCUAACUGGCAAAAUGCAUUGCAGUGGCUCAUAUAUGCCAAUAUAAUGACACACUGUCGUUUCUGUUUAUAAGAGGAGUGUUUUAUGAUGUGACUGUACCGUAUUAUUCCAGCCAUUUCCGAAUGUCAGACACUAUAUGGCCAAAAGUUUUUGGACACCUGACCAUCACACCCAUAUGUGCUUUUUGACUAUCUCAUUCCAGAUUUAGUCCCCCUUUGCUGUUAUAAUAACCUCCACUCUUCUGAGAAGGCUUUCCACUAGAUUUUGAAGGUUCUGGGGAUUUGUGUUCAUUCAGCCAUAAGAGCAUCAGUGAGGUCAGGCACUGAUGUUGAGUGAGAAGGCCUGUCACGUAGACAACGUUCCAGCUCAUCCCAAAGGUGUUCAGUGGGAUUGAGGUCAGGGCUCUGUGCAGGACAUUCGAGUUCUUCUACAGCAACCUUGGCAAACAGUGUCUUAUUGGAGUUCGUUUUGUGCACAGGGGCAUUGUCAUGCUGGAACAGGUUUGUGCCUCUUAGUUCCAUUGAAAAGAAAUUGUAAUGCUACAGCAUACAAAGAUAUCCUAUACAAUUGUGUGCUUCCAGUUUUGUGGCAACACUUUGGGGAAGACCCACAUAUGGGUCGUGAUGUACAGGUGUCCACAUACUUUGGCCAUAUAGUGUGUUUUGGGGAAAUAUGUUGUUGAAUAUCAACACCAGCUAACAAUUCUUUGUAAAUAUGUUUUGUAUACAGUGCUCGCAUUUUUGGACCAGUAAAAAUUUUCUACAAAA